AAUUAAGGGUAUAAAAUGCGGUAUGACAGAGGUUUGUUUAUCAUUGUUUUUUACAAGUUCAGCAUGAAACAAAUCUUGUGUUCGUUUCUGUUUGUCUACGCAGCUCAUGUAGCCCUGGCUCAUGACUCUGAGGAACAGAAGGGACUGUGCUUGGAUAAGAUGGCUCUUGAUGCUAUAUGCAUCAGUGAUUCAAACCUUGAGAAGAAAACUAAAGAUGUCCAACACUGUUUCCAUGAAAAAAGUUAUUCAUCAGGACAUACAGACAAAGCAAAAGGAACUAAAUGUCCUUCUUUUGAUGAGCUAACUAUAAUAUUAAAUAAGAAAGCUGGUUUUUCUGAGUGCUUCUUUAAAAGCUUAGGAUGGAUUGAUGAGGAUGGAGAGGAGGUUAAUGCCACAAUUGCUGAGGAUAUUGCUUCUCUAAUUCCAGAAAUCAGUACUCAGCUGACUGAAGAAGUUCUGGGAGAGUGUGUAAAGGAAACUGUAGAGGAACUAGAAGAUAGUGCAGAGUGUACAUAUACUGAAGAGGAAUCGGCAGCUUUAGAGGAGAUGGUGGUGAAGAUUGCCAGCUUUCAGUGCUUCCAUCAAACCUUUGAUAAAGCUUGUAAGAACUUUGUUAUAACCAAAUUUCUUCAUUCAAAACUACAUGAUGAGAUUCCAAUAGUUAAUGAUAUGCAGUUACCUGAAGUCUAAACUCCUAAAUUGAUGAACCAGUUAAAGUUUGUAAAAUUUAAAUAAACUUGAAUCUAAG